UGUGCGUGUGCAUAAGAAACUUUUCGGGCCGCCCACCCAUCAAACCAUCCACCUCCUCACCUUUUGACCUAGCCACCCGGUGAUCCUGUGCGAUUCCGUGACCCAUAACCCAUCGAUGGGUAACAAAUGGCGGCAUUACAGUGCUGACGAAAACCCAUUGUGCAAAGCCGGAGACUAAUCACUUAACUAUUUAUAAAGCAACGCACAUGCAAUUGUACACGGAAAACAAUGUGAAUUCGGCUGAAGUUCGAUUCCUUGCGAAAUGGAUUAAUAAUGUAUUAACAACGGAAUAUAAUAAUAACCUAGUUUCACGGAAAAGACUCCAAAACGAGUCAAAAUAAAUAAUAAUUACGUUCAAUAUGUUCUUGAAAUCGGAUUGUUUAACUUCUGUGAUAUUUAUUAAACACAAAUAAUCAAUUUGUAGAUGUCGAAUAAGGUCCACCUUUAGAGUCAGUUAUUCGCCGGAAUGGCGGCGUUGCAACAUCCGGAGACCAUGCUGCUGUACUCCAGGUUCCUGUCCACAGCCUUGACAGUGGGAAAUAGCUCCACGGAAGGGUCCACCCUGCUGCUGAUCCAAACGACAUCGCCACCAGCUGGUGAGGUAAUAUCAACUGGCGGCAAGGUGCCCUCGAUGAACUCCUACCUGGUCAGCAUGGCGUGGCCCAAAUCGCUGGCGGUGGCCGUCUUCCUGGUCCUCAUCCUGGUCACCGUCGUCGGCAAUACACUCGUCAUCCUGGCCGUUUUGACCACACGCCGCCUGCGCACCGUCACCAACUGUUUCGUGAUGAACCUGGCCAUCACCGACUGGCUGGUCGGCACCUGUGUGAUGCCCCCCUCGGUGGUCCUCUACAUAACAGGCACUUGGCGCUUCGGCUGGAUACUGUGCGACAUUUGGAUCUCGCUGGACAUCUUGCUCUGCACCGGCUCCAUUCUCAGCCUGUGCGCCAUCAGUCUGGACAGGUAUCUCGCCGUCACACAACCCUUGACGUACUCCAAGAAGCGGCGCUCCAAGCGGCUGGCCCUGCUCAUGAUACUCGUCGUGUGGAUAACGGCCCUGUCAAUCACAUGUCCACCCUAUUUGGGCUGGUACGAGGCGGGCAGGCAUCAGGCGGAGUUCGUGGACUGCCGCUACAACCAAAACAAGGGCUACGUGGUCUUUUCGGCAAUGGGAUCAUUCUUUAUCCCCCUCACGGUGAUGCUGUACGUCUACGUUAAGAUUGGUUAUGUCCUCACGUCACGGCGACAGCGCAUUGUGCGCGAUGCGAACUCCGAGCGCACGGCAGACUACGAUGUGGAUGGGGACAACUUCAUCUCGGAGUCAGAACACUAUCACUGCACGCCAACCAAGUGGCUGCCAAACAGGAAGUCCCGCUGGAGGUUCAACUCCCUCCACGACCCACCAGGCAGCACGAAUACGUCCAAGGGCCACCAGUCGUCGUCCGUCAAGUGCGCCAAGUGCUCCACUGCAACUGGAGUGGGAGUAACUGGUGGAGUGCCUGUUCCGGACAAAACGCUGACAUUCAAGCACCAACCCACCUUUUACGAGCUGGUCGAGGUGUCGCGUCUCUCGUCGCUCAUCCACUGCUCGGCAAUUAGCUGCAAGUACGGCGGACCCUGCAUGCACUCCACGCCCUCGGGGCUGCACUAUGUGGGCACGGAGGCCUCCUUUUCGGACACCUGCCUGGGCGCCACCCCGGCCAGCUCCGCACUGGAGGCCACCGAGAAACUGGAGGCGGAGUCGCACUCUCAGGCCCAACAAAAGCAGCGAUCCUUCGACCUUCCACAUCCGCAUCAUCACCAUCAUGGCUCCCAGAACCAUCACAAUCACAACCACCAUCAUCGCAUGCCGAUGCGAGUCUCGACCACGAAACGUGAUAGCAAGACCGCCAAGACCCUGACAAUUGUGAUGGGCGGCCUAAUUGCUUGCUGGCUGCCCUUCUUCGUCUAUUAUCUACUGAUACCCUUCCUGCCGCGACCCGCCGUCCUCGAGGACCUCAUGUUCGGCUUCACCUGGAUUGGCUGGGUCAACUGCGCCAUCAACCCGUUCAUCUACGCCUUCUACAAUCCGGACUUUCGCACUGCCUUCUGGCGGCUCACCUGUCGGCCCAUUUGCAAGCAGAAGCGCCCGCCCAACCACCUGGCCAUGUUCCGUGGCUAGUUUUGGCUGGGAUUCGGUUUUAAGUUUCAAGUUACCAGUUUCCAGGUUUCUACGUUUCCAGCUUACUGUUACGGAACACUUGAGUGUGUCAGAGUCACUGGGUCGCACAAUCGAAGCUCAGAUUGGUGGGGUAAUUAUCUCAGGCAUAUCCUUCACUUCU